UCAGAGUGAGACCUCUCUCCAUGUGUCUCCUCUCCGUCUCAAUCUGUCUGCAUGGCGCUGAUUAUCAGAACUGUUGUAAAACCAUUUCACAGAUUCUGCAGCAGGUUGUUUGCAGCUGACCGGCGGUGGUUCCACUCUCUGAGAGGAAGUGAAGCAGCCGGAAAACACUACUGUUCAUCUUUCUCACACUCAGCUACAGGCUCCACGAUGAGUAAGAAGCUGCUCCUGGAUGUGGACUGUGGGGUGGACGACGCUCAGGCCAUCAUGUUGGCGCUGGCCGCCCCCAACGUGGAGGUCCUGGGGGUCACCUGUGUCCAUGGAAACACCACGGUGGAGAAUGUGUGUAAGAACACACUGCGAGUUCUGCAAGCAUGCAAUAAACUCGAGAUUCCAGUGUUUAAAGGAGCAGCGAAGCCGAUCCUGGAGAACAGCCUGAGUGCCGGACACUUCCACGGAGAGGACGGGCUGGGCGACGCUCCGGACCCCGACGCCCCGGGACUGGACCGUCUGCAGGAGGAGGGCGCCGUGUCCGCCAUGAUCCGGAUCAUCAACCAGAACCCAGGACAGGUGUCUCUGGUUGCCACGGCUCCCCUCACUAACCUGGCUCUGGCUGUGAGGCUGGAUCCAUCUCUGCCCAGUAAACUCAAAGCGCUCUACAUCAUGGGAGGCAACACUGAAUCUCGAGGAAACACUACAGUGUGUGCCGAGUUUAAUUUUGCUGCUGAUCCAGAAGCUGCGUACAUCGUUCUGAACGACUACCACUGUCCCCUCUACCUGGCCUGCUGGGAGUUCACCUGCUACAACAAGCUGUCCUGGGAGUUUUGUGACGCCUGGCUGGCGCAGGACACCGAUAAAGCUCGCUUCAUGGCCCGGAUCUUCCGCCACAGCAUCGAGGCGUCUCAAAGCGAGCGCCUGCAGAAGGAGUUUGUCGCCGGUACAGGUUUCGUUUCCUGUGACUCGUACGCCAUGGCAGCCGCCGUGGACGACUCUUUCAUCACAGAGAGCGACCAUUACCCGGUGAGCGUGGAGCUGACGGGAACACACACCAGAGGCAUGAUGAUAAUGGACACCGUGGGCUUCCUGAAGAAGGAGCGCAAGGCUUUUAUCAUGAAGAAGGUGGAUAUGGAGAAGUUCAAGCAGAUGAUGAUAGCUGCUUUAAAAUAACAGCUUUAAACACUCUACGUUAAUGACAAGACGUCACUUUGUCCGUCCACACAUUUUGGCUAAUUUCUCUAUUUGUGUUUUUAGUAAUAAGGCAAUAUAUUGUAUUUAAACUUCUGCUACUAACUACAAACUGUGACUUUGCUUUGUCUUUAGCAGGAAGGAUGUAAUACUAAUUUUGUACCAUGCAAUUUUAACGCUUAAGAUUUACUAGUAGGGCUUAAAACGUUUUACAAAUAUAUACAAUUGUGAUUAUUUUGACCGAUAUUCCAAUAAUAUUAUAGGAAUGAUAUCCUAAUUUUCAUUGAAAAUAAACAAAAAUAAAUAUGGUUUGAAUUUUG